GCGGCGGUGGUCUGCGUAAAAAUCCAAAAUCUCGUCGUAGUUUUAUCGAAAACCGUGUCUCCCCGUGGUGAUCUCGUCUCGUGUGCUCGUCGCCAUCGCAACCCGCGUGUGUCUGUGUGUUUCCGGCCGAAAACUUGACCGACUGGCGACGCGAUCGACGCAAAUGUUGUCAAUAAUCUUCGAAAACGUAAAAUCGAUCUAGUGUGUUGGGAGAAGGAAUGAAGAGUUCGAAAUUCCCCAAAGGAAGUGCAAACGAAAACGAAACAUGCUUGUACGUGCUGGCGUGUAUAGUGUAGUGUAGCAGCAGCCGAACAGCACAUUGUGCAGACGAAAGAAACAAUAGUCGAGAGAACAGGGCAGCAUCGCCACGGUUGCUCGCAGUGUGAACCCAAACAGCAGAGCCAAAAGGGCAGGGCCGAUGUUGGUGACGAUGAUGGUGAUGAUGCACAGGAUGAUGAGUGCACCGACCGCCGGUGACGGCCAAGUGUUAGCGGAUGUCGCCGUCGCAUUCCACGGUACUGCGAUGGUGCGGUGGUUGUAGAGAGUGUGUAGUGUAACCGUUUUGCGACCACAACACUGUAGCAGCAGCUGCCCUUGCUACGCCGGUGGUCCUGCUGUCUGUGAGAACCGAUGCCAAGCCUGCUAGGCGUCGCAGCGACAGCCUCUACCGAGCAAGCAGCAACCAAACAAUCAAGCAGCAACAGCAGUAGCAGCAGUAUUCACGCUUGAAUCGAGUAUCGCAGCAUCACGUCUUCUAGCAGCAGCGGAGAGGAGGCAGGUGGUGGAGAAGGAGUGGAGGAAGUAGAGGAAGGGGAGGGAGAGGAGGGCCCGCCAGUACUACGGUGCAACGGUUUCGCCUAAGAUCGACCGGUGGCACGUACGACGGAAUGGCGGCCCUUCAGCAACAUCAGCAGCAACCGCAGCAUCAGCAGCAGCAACCGCUGCCCAUGCCAAUCGAGAAGCUGGUGCGCGUGGGCUACUACGAGCUGGAGAAAACGAUUGGCAAGGGUAACUUCGCCGUUGUCAAGCUCGCCUCGAAUGUCAUAACAAACUCGAAGGUUGCAAUUAAAAUAAUCGAUAAAACAUGCCUGGACGAGGAGAACCUAGCGAAAACGUUCCGCGAGAUAUCGAUACUGAAGGUGCUGCACCAUCCGCACAUUACGCGGCUGUACGAGGUGAUGGAGUCGCGCAACAAGAUCUACCUGGUGACGGAGCACGCGGCGCAGGGCGAAAUCUUCGACCAUCUCGUCGCGAACGGGCGCAUGAAGGAGGAGGAGGCGGCGCGCAUCUUCUCGCAGAUCGUAUCGGCGGUCGACUACUGCCACCGGCACGGCAUCGUGCACCGUGACCUGAAGGCGGAGAACGUGCUGCUUGAUACGGACAUGAACGUGAAGCUGGCCGACUUCGGCUUCAGCAACACGUUCGUCGAGGGACAACCGUUGCGCACGUGGUGCGGUUCGCCACCGUACGCGGCCCCGGAGGUGUUUCAGGGUGUCGAGUACGAUGGGCCCAAGUCGGACAUCUGGAGUCUCGGUGUGGUGCUGUACGUGCUCGUCUGUGGCGCACUGCCCUUCGACGGUACGACGCUGCACGAUCUGCGCAGCGUUGUGGUGGCCGGCAAGUUCCGGAUACCAUUCUUCAUGUCGCAAGAGUGCGAACAGCUGAUACGGCACAUGCUCGUCGUUGAGCCUGAGCGCCGUUACUCGCUGAAGCAGAUCGCACACCAUCGCUGGUUGGCCCAGUACAACUCCACGCCUCUGCUCGCCGACGUCAAUACGCAUUCGAUGGAGGCGGUCGAGCAGCUGGGAGAACAGCAGCAGCAUCAGCAGCAGCAGCAGCAGCCGGGAGCACGAGACGCUGGUGGCGCGAUGCCGCUGGAUGCGGUUGUGAUGACGCACAUGCUGCAGUUACCGGGCCUUACCGCGGACAUGAUCGCCCAGUCGGUGCACGAGAAUCGCUUCGAUCAUAUCUACGCCAUCUAUAGCCUGCUGGUGGACAAGCUGCGCCAGAAGCGAAAGGAGAAGGGCCGGUUGCAGCACCAUGCCAGCCUAGCGUUCGCCCGGUCCCGAAAGACCAGUAUUACGACGGGUGUGGUCGAUCGGACGGAGGUCAUCAAGAACGAUUCGCUCGAACGGCUUAGCCCGCUGACGAGCGUCGGCUCGACGAUUCUGAAUCUCUCGACCGGACUCGGCGGUACGGAGGAGCUCGAGAAGUAUGAUCUCGACGGUGCCGCCGCUGCACGGGAUGGUAUCGCUGGUCUCGCGGCCGGAGUUGCCACGCCCGGACAGGCUGGCGCAGGGGCGGCAGCGGCCGGUAAGAUGGCGGAUGUGAACGAUCAUCAUCACCUAUUCCCACCGGGACCACCGCCGGGUACAGUGACGAUGUCGGCCGGUUGCAAUGGUGGUGGCAACACGCGGCGGCACACGGUCGGUCCGGGCGAUGUGGCACACGAGCAGGUACUGGUGAACCCGAAUGUGGUACCGAUCUCGUUCAAAAUGCACGAAACACCCGUCAACCCUCCGACGCCUAACGUUCCGCUCAACAUACCGUCACUGCAGAACCAACCAAUACACAAUCUGACCAUCAAGGAUCAGCAUUUGCUGAAACCACCGACCGUCAUGGGAGCAACGAGUUCGUUCGGUCGGAGAGCAUCGGAUGGUGGAGCCAACUUGCAAAUUUAUUAUCCUUCGUCAUCCACGAAUUUCGCGGAUCAGUCGCAACAGCAGCAGCAGCAGCAACAACAACAACAACAACAACAGUCCCAACAGCAGCAGCAGCAGCAGCAACCACUAUCGCCACAGCAAGUUGCUGAUGGUGCUGGCGCCGGUGUAAAUGGCGUCGCGCUCGCCGUCGAUCAUCUGAUGCUGCAGACACCCAGCAGCGAAGGAACGGAUGAUUCGAACGAUGAAAUUCAACGGUAUAUGCAUGGCCGUGGAUGUACCAAACGACACACUGUCGGCUGUACGGAUGAUCUGUCAACCGGGUGUGCCUCACCGAUGGAUCCACCGCAGGGGUCACAUUCUCCCGCACCGAUGGCUGGGGCCGGUGGUGCCUCAGGCAGUUCUGCUGCUGGUGGUGGUGGUGGUGGUGGUGGUGGUGGCGGCGGAGGCCGUACCAGACGUACCGGUUUGCUAACGGUGAUGGAGCGUCCACCGGUGAUUAGUCCGGAUUUGAUACGCGAGGUCGAGGCACGUAUGAACCGCGACUAUCUGCCACCGUCGCUGCUUUCGUCACCUUCUUCGUCCGGUGGUCUGCCGGUACUGAGCAGCACUUGCUCACCGCCAAGCUCUUCGGCGGCAGCAGCAGUCACACCGACAACAGCUUCCUCAUCCGAUACUGCCAGCACUGGAUCGGCCGGCAGUGGUGGAGGUGGUGCUGUUGGUCGAGGUGCACUCACUCCAACCGUUAAGCAAUCAUCAUCGCUUCAAUCUUCGGGCUCGUUGCAACCGGCAAUUACCGUCGGUGCCCAGCUGAUAACGGGACACUUGAUUUUGGGGUCUGCCAUCCCGAUCGCUCACCAGCAGCAGUAUCAACAGCAACAUCAUUCCACUCAGCUUCAGCAGCCAGCGCACCAACUGCCAGCGCAAUCGUUAGUCCAAGCGCAACCAAUAGCCCGACGUUACGCUCGAGCCUGUAAGCUGCCAACCGUCCAGGAAUUCGCAGGUCGCUACAGCCCGGUACGACGAGCGUCGGAAGGAUCACGCAUCACCUCGCAGUUCCCCGGUCCGUUUCAAGAGUGUCAACAGCUACAGAAGGGACUGCAUGCGGCCGCUUUGGCCCAACAGCAACAACAGCAUCAUCAGUUGCAGCAGCAGCAGCAGCAGCAGCAGCAGCAACAGCAACAGCUUCCGCCACCAGCACAUCAUCGUACCAACAACCUGCUGAUCACUCCGAGUCCUCCGCUGGCGGAUAACUCGGUUAGUUUGCCCGGCUCACCAAUGCACUGCAAGGUGCCAAUGUUUGGUGAGGUAGCAAUCGAUCGACCACCGGAUCUCACCGUACCGCAUGACGUGCUGCUAUCGCUGAUGCCAGCGCUGGAGAAGCUGGUACUAGAGAACCGAUUGCCGAUUGAGACGGCUAAUGGGAUCGUGAACACGCGGACCAUGCCUUACGAGGUUGGCCAUCAGCUGGGUAUCGUCCGUGCUGGCGGAGGAGCAGUGGUCACGUCCGCCGCAGGUGGACAUGUGUUCGAUAUGGGUCUGAAUGUACUGCAGCUACAGCAUAGCCAGAGUGUUUCACCGUUGAACUCAGUACUUCGACAAGCUGCUGCCACUGGAGGAGGAACGAACGUUGGUGGCUAUCCGUUGGCUGGUCGACCUACCGGCUUUGGACUACAGCCAAGCUACAUCGCUGGAGUUGGUGGUGGUGGUGGUGGUGGUGUGUUUGGAACGCUCGGUAAUGCUCCUUACGGUGCCGGUGGUUACUCUGGCCAGUACGCUGCUGGUGCCGGUGGUACGGCCAGUGUUGUCAGUCCCACCGUUGGGCUAACGUGCCAUCCUUCGGGACUGGAGUAUCCUGGAAGCAAUAGCAACAGUGGUUGUCCUUCGCCCGUGUACUACGCUAGCGGAUGUUCUUCACCGAUCCUUCCGGGACCGCCUUUGGUCAUUGGUGGUGCUGGUGGUGUCGGUGGCUGUGGUCCUGGAGUUGGCAAUGCAACAACCCUGUCUGGAAGUGCCUCUUCGUCGAGUGCGGUUGGCGGUGGUGGUGGUGGUGGUGGUGGUGGUGGUGGUGCCUCACCGAUGCAUCAGAUCACCCGGGGCAUUAGCUCGCUCAAUACGGGCGGUGGUUCGAUCACAAGAGGUACGCCAGCAGCAGCAUCCAUAGUAGCAGCAGCAGCAGCAGCAGUAGCGCUCCCGCCUGUCUUCCCGCCCGCAUCGGUGGCCUGCAAUGAACCGCUCGAUCUGUCGAUGGACAUCGUGAACAGCGUGGAGAUCGAUUUCAGCGGCCGAGGGCUGUACUCGGGCCCCACCACGCCGGUCAACUACUUCGAUCCGAAGGGCUAUGGAUUGCUACCGCCAGCACCGCCGCCCCACCAGACGAUGCGCAUCUCGGCGACACCACCAACGUCACCGAACAACUUGGGCAUCAUCCAGGAGGAACAGCAGCUCCACGGUAGCUCAUCGGGAACGGCAACAGUCACUGGCAGUGUGAGCAGUGUUGGAUUCCGGAGCCAUUCCGUAACCGGUUCACCUGAGGAUCUAAGCUACCAGCACACCCAUCCACAGAUCUGUCUGACGGAUGUGCAGGGAAGCGAGAUAACGCUGGUGGCUCUGUCCGAUUCGAGCAGGGGCGAUUCGGAUGAUUCGUUGAAUGGUUGCUGCGGUGGUGGUAUGUCCGGUGGAGCGGUCGGUACCAACAGCACUGCGGUGUCGGGGUGUGGCCUUGGUUUCUCCGGUCUACUCAUAACCGAUCCGCCGGGGGAUAUGCCGUCGAUAACGCGGGGUGUUGGCCGUAAGGCGAGCCUCGAUACGGAGAACAACUCGACGGCCACGAACUCGUCAUCGAUGGCCACCAGCAUUACCACCACCAGCGGCUCGGCAAAGCUGGACACGUCGGAUUUGAGUGAAUCGUAUGUGCGGCGUGGCAGCGACAAAUCGCUUGGCUUCAGUGACGACAGUCUGAGCAACGAUUCGAACCCCUCGAACCUAUCGCCCGGUCAAGAACCACCGUCGGCCUCCGUGUCGACCAGUUCCGGGUUCCGCAGUGGUGGUCUCGAUUCGGAGCAUGACACUUCGGCCCGCCUGAGUCCCGAUUCGCUCGGUGAUGGUGGAUCGACCCGCAGCACCGCAGGUGGUGGCUGCGGGCUUGGGGACGAAUGCUAUGAGCUUCCACUGCCACAGGAAUGCUCAUCGCUCGAUUCGGCCCGUAUACUGGAGCUGGUGAAGCGAACGCUUGAUUCGACGAUGCCCCCGAAAGGUUGCAUUUACGGGAGCAGCAGCAUCAGCAAUGGACGGACGAUGGUGGCUACACCGGCAGUGCCAACGGGCACCGGAACCGAUCCAUCCAUCUCCGAUGGUCGAUCUGCGAUCGGUGCAGCAGCAGCAGCUGCUGCAGCUGCUGGCGAGGGUCACAGUGCGGAUGGUGCCGGUGGUGGUGCCACGGGUACAGCAAACGGUGGCGCAGGUGCAGUGGCGGGUGUAGGAGGAACCGACAGUCGAUCGAAUCUUAGUCUCGAGUUCUCGGGUGGACUGCAGAUCGAGCUGCAGGUGUACGAGGGCCGCAGCAGCAAGGACAGCAAUACGAGCAAGGGCAUCAAGCUGCGUCGCAUCUCGGGCGAUCAGUACGAGUACGGUAAGCUGUGCCAACAGCUCAUCACCUCGCUGACGGUCUAGGUUAUGGUUUGAAACCCGUAUGCCGAGGAUACUUCUAUGUAUUUUCGUUAAAACGCCAUGAUAAGCCUAUUGUAAGCGUUACGUUGCUUAUCAUAUUCGUUUUGGGCCAGCCAGAAGAUCGUAUGCCAAUAGUAAGAAGGCUAGACGUUAGGUUAGUGUACUGAUUAGUGUAGCUAACGUUUUAACUGUGUUCCGUUAGAUCAGCCUCGGAUCUUGUUCCAUCGGAUGCCCGAUGAGGUUAGGAGAGAGAGAGAGAGAGAGAGAGAGAGAGAGAGAGUGUGUGGCAUUCAUUUUAUCAAUUGAACUAAUUCUCUCCCCACCUUUCUCACUCGUGUGUGGUGGUAGGAGGGAAGGAUUCUGAAUUUUAUUAUUAAUUUUAUAUUGUAUUAAUUUUUAGUGUAAAGGCCUUAGUUGACAGUGAAUUCCAAAGCACUUUGAAGCGAGCGAGAAAGAGAGCCACUGGCCUCAUAACGAUUACGGACUAGUUAUGGUCGAGUGGAGUGUAUAGUCCUUUUUGCAAAUCUGCCAGACAUUAUCCUAUGCGGAAGGUCUGUGGCUGUUCCCUAUAGUGUACGUAGCACCUUUUAAUUGAUUUUAAUUUUGUUAUUUAAGUAGGUGGCUCACGAGGUGUUUGUUCUUGAUCGGUUUUGCCGCGAAUGGUACCCCGGUACACGAGGUACGCAGACCUCAAGACCGACUCCCUGGUCGGGAUACGGCUGAUGAUUUGUGUUCAAGCAAAACAAGAAUGAUUCCCGUUGAGAGUGUGAUCGCGGGCUCAACAAGAUUUAACGUGUGUUUGUUCCAGUUGUUGUUCCAUUAUCGUUUAGUUCUGCUGUGUUGCCUCCUCCAAUCGAAUGCCAUUAAAGAGAUACGUUCCAAACGUAUCUAGCAAGAAGGGUGUUUCUGCUUGCCGCCCACGGGGGUAGCGGGAUAUAGCGUUGCGUGUGGGAUACAUACACGCAACGCAAUAUGUGCAAUUUCUUAUAGCCAAUACAUUCCAAACAAAAAGCAAAACGAGAGAGGAAGAUAGAGAGAGAGAGAGCGAGGGUGGAGCCAGUGUACAGCUGGUCGCAAUGGUGCGUGUGUUUGUUUCUUAUCAGUUUCUAUUAGUAAAAGAAGAAUAAGGGGAAGCAAAGCAAGAAGCUGGCCACGCAGCAGCAGCAGCAGC